GGAGACAUCUUGCAGAUGUUUGGGAAGAUGUUUUUUGAAUUCUGCCAAGAGUCUGGAUACGACACCAUCUUGCGAGUGUUGGGAUCAAAUGUUCGUGAAUUCCUGCAGAAUUUGGACGCUCUGCAUGACCACCUGGGCACCAUUUAUCCCGGCAUGAGGGCUCCCUCAUUUCGCUGCACCGACGCCGAGAAGGGAACCAAUCUGAUCCUUCACUACUACUCGGAGAGAGAGGGCCUGCAGGACAUCGUGAUUGGCAUCAUUAAAACCGUCGCUCAACAAAUCCACGGAACAGAGAUCGAGAUGAAGAUGAUCCAACCGAAAAGCGAGGAGUGCGACCACAUCAAGUUCCUCAUCGAGGAGAAGGAUUCAGAGGAGGAGGCGUUCUACGAGGAUCUGGACGGCUUCGAGGAGAACGGCACGCAGGAGACUUGGAUCAGUCCGUACACGUUCUGCAAGGCCUUCCCCUUCCACCUCAUGUUCGACAAGGACCUGAUGCUCACGCAGUGUGGGAACGCCAUCUAUCGAGUGCUGCCACAGCUUCACCCGGGCUCGUGUAUCCUUCCAUCAGUCUUCUCUUUGGUCCGUCCUCACAUUGACUUCAGCUACCACGGCAUCCUGUCUCACAUCAACACCGUCUUCGUCCUGCGAAGCAAGGAGGGCGUGCUGAAUGUGGAGACGGUGGAGAACGAGGACGAGCUGACGGGUGUGGAGAUCAGCUGUCUGAGAUUGAAAGGACAGAUGAUUUACUUGCCAGAGGCGGAGAACAUCCUUUUUCUCUGCUCACCCAGUGUCAUGAACCUGGACGAUCUUACACGGAGGGGGCUGUACCUGAGCGACAUCCCGCUGCAUGAUGCCACACGUGACCUUGUGCUGCUGGGCGAGCAGUUUCGUGAGGAGUACAAACUGACACAGGAGCUGGAGAUCUUGACGGAUCGUCUGCAGCACACACUCCGGGCCCUGGAGGACGAGAAGAAGAAGACGGACAGAUUGCUCUAUUCCGUUCUGCCGCCAUCUGUUGCCAACGAGCUGCGGCACAAACGGCCCGUCCCGGCCAAACGCUACGACAACCUGACCGUCCUCUUCAGUGGCAUCGUGGGAUUCAACGCCUUCUGCAGCAAACACGCUUCGGCCGAGGGAGCCAUCAAGAUCGUCAACCUGCUCAAUGACGUCUACACGCGUUUUGACAUCCUGACAGACUCUCGCAAGAACCCUUAUGUGUACAAGGUGGAAACGGUGGGUGAUAAGUACAUGACAGUGAGUGGCCUGCCGGAGCCGUGCACGCACCACGCCAAGUCCAUCUGCCACCUCGCUCUCGAUAUGAUGGAGAUUGCUGGACAGGUCAAAGUGGAUGAUAAACCAGUGCAGAUCACGAUCGGUAUCCACACAGGGGAAGUGGUGACUGGGGUCAUCGGGCAGAGGAUGCCCAGAUAUUGUCUUUUUGGAAACACGGUCAACCUCACCAGUCGUACUGAAACAACUGGUGAAAAGGGAAAAAUAAAUAUCUCCGAAUAUACUUAUCGGUGUUUGCAGUCUGCUGAGAACGCCGACCCUCAGUUUCACUUGGAGUAUCGAGGACCCAUCACCAUGAAAGGAAAGAAGGACCCGAUGAAGGUCUAUUUCCUGUCCAGGACGUCCACAGACUCAGAGUCCGCCACAGAAGAAACUUGAGCGUCCAACACUGAUGAAAACUUCAGUCUGGCCAGGGUUUGAGAAUGAGACGGAUUAGAAGAGUGAUUAUUUAUCCACAGACAGAUAUUUGAAGGAUU